UCUUGCCUGUAAAUAAACUUGAGGAGGUAAACAAUGGGCGGGAUGGUGUGCUGUUCUGCUGUAACCUGAGACCAACGUUAUCCUCUGCUCGGCUUCACUUUUACUAAGAUGGAUAAAGCAAGCAAGGCUAUCCGUAGGUCGGGGGUUCGAUUGAGGUCCAUGUCAAGUGGUCAUGGAAGUUUACAGAUGGUGAUAUCUCAGUUAGGGGAAGUACGAAGCAGCUUUAAGGCAUUUUCCCAAGCUCAAGCCACAGCAUCAGAGGAUCUUUUGAGCUGGUCUGGUGGCAGUCAUGAAAAUCGAGCUAUUGAAGAAACCUUUGCUCACUUGGCCGAAUUGUCUUUACUUUGGUCUGAGGUCCAGAGAGACUUUGCUGAUCAUUUAAAGGAGUAUAGAUCUCAGUAUGAGCUGAUUUUAGAAGGCGAGAAACAUGUUACACAAGCAAGAGAAAUGCUUGCUGUCAGGGAGCAGCGCGAGGGAAAACUGCGGAAGGAGUUAAAGAAAGCCAGUAAAAAGGCUCCAGCGGAGGAAGUGCGUUUGCUAAAGGAGAAAUUAAGCCAGGCAGAAAGAUCUCGGGAUCUGGCUCAUCUGGAAGUGGUGGAACGUGUUGGAGAGAACGAGGCAGUAAAGAUGAUUCGUGUUAAGGAAGGACUCUUGAAGCUUGGCGGAGCUUACUGUGAGCUUGCCCACAAGUGCCUGUUAAUCUUUUCUGCACAUCAGAACAUUGCAUCUCAGCUGCCAGAUGUUCAAGACCGAGACCUGCAAGACAUCAAAUACACAGGUGCAGGAUCUGCCAAGAAGUUCGUACAGGAUGCAAAGGAGCAGGUGCGAGCUUACCGUCGUCACAGUAUAUCUCAAAAGCCACCCAUACCCGAAGAUCCUCCUCCACCAUAUACCCCAUCUGUUGAACACCUUAAUGAUCUUUCUUCAAAUACCAAUCUUAGUGGAAUAAAUAACUCUUCUCAUAACAUGCCUUACAAUAUGAACACUAAUUCUAUUGCUGAACCAUCUGCUCCCAGGGCUUCCAUGUCAUCACUCGACUCGCCUGAACAUCUGCCUCAUACUAGAGGAUCCAGCUUAUUACACAGUGUAUCUCACAGUAACAAUAUUAGCUCUCACAAACACUCAACACCUAAUGCUCCUCCUACAACUCCACAUAGUACACCAAGCCAUAUUCACUCAGACCUUCCAAGACCACCAAGAACAUAUCCAUUCUUCAUUCCUAACAGCCCCUCUCUUCCUGAAGACACACAUCCUCCAUAUUCUCCUUCUUCUCCUCAGUCUAACAGUGAACCAAACUUAUCUAAGGACUCCCACAUUGAUCAAGUUGUGAGGUAUCCUCCACUGAGUACUUGUGAUAACACUAGCUUUAAUGAGAGUUCCUUUCAUCCUGACACAUCAUCAUCCAGCCCUAAUCUUGCCUCCAGUCGACAACCAGCAAUACUGACACCUGAGAGCUCAGCCCCGUACAAUCCAUACUAUGAAUGGUUGCCAGAUAAAAGUGAUAAGGAAAAAAGUGGUGAGAAAAUAAAUGGUAAAUGCUCACCAGAAGACCAAAAAAUGCUCAUCACUACUGUUAGUAAAUCAGAAAAGGGGGAAAAAAGACAUGAUUCCCAUUCAGUUGCUCCAUCUGUUCGUCCAAGGGUAAACAGAAAUCCCUUUACAGAUGGGUGCUCAGACGAAGAAGGAAUGAAUCAAGAGAGCUUAUCUGGUGCUUUGAGAAAGACAUCAAUCAGGUAAUAAUAAAAAUAUUUUUAAAUUCAUUAAAUAGCUGUGAUUAUAUAGAGACUACAUAUCAUAUAGGAAAAUUAGAUAUAAUUUUACAGUAUUGCUUCAAGUGCUAUUCUCACAAACUACAUUGAGAUGCUAACCCUUAAGCAGUAGCCUGUGUGGCCCUUCCCUUUCCCUCCUUUGUUAGCAUUUUUCUUAAAAAUAAAUAUUUAUAAUUAUAAAAUCAUAAGAAAUGUCAUAUAUUAAUGAAAACCUAUAAAUUGUAAGUGUUUUUAAGUACUGUAUUGUAUAUUAUCAUUGUGUGAGGAUUCUUCAGUCCUUAAGCUUAGUGACACAGGUUAAUAAAAUCUUGCAUAGCACCCAAAUACUUAUUAUAUUGUCCAGGCUGGCUGCUGCCAGACGCACUGUGCGUAGAGUUACUGUAUGGGUACUCCUUGAUUCCACUUGCCUGCAAGUUGACCCUACUUCUGGCAAUGCAACCCUUUGGUGGGUGACUAGAGGUUGGAUAAAUUAGAUGGGCUUUGCUCUUUUGGCUUAUGUGCUAGUGUAUAUUGUUAUUACAGUAUUUUUUUUUUCAACAAACCAACCAUAUCCCACAGAGGCAGGGUGACCUAAAGAGAAAAACAAGUUUCUGUCUUUAAAAUUAUUAACGUAUACAGAAGGGGUUACUAGUCCCUUGCUCCCAGCAUUUUAGUCGCCUCUUACGACAUGCAUGGCUUACGGAGGAAGAAUUUUGUUCCACUUCCCCAUGGAGAUAAGAGGAAAUAAACAAGAACAAGAAAUAGUAAGAAAAUAGAAGAAUACCCGAAGGGGUGUGUAUAUACGGCCACUCCUCACUUAACGACAUAGUUCUGUUCCUAAAACCACAUCGUUGCCAAGCAAGGAGCAUACUAAAAUGGUAGUGAGUUUGUGUCAGCCAUCUUUGAUAUUGUUUUAAUGUCACCUUUGCACCAUUUUUAACAUUUUUAGUAUAUUUUUAAAUGUUUAUACAGUAGUGUACUGUAUAUUGUAAUAAACAGAAUAGAGGAAAUCAGCUCUAAUAUACAUUAUUUAGGUAUGCAUACUGGUAUGCAUACUGUGAUAAGUCCGAGUUGUCAGUAAACAAGUACAUCGCUAAGUGAGGAGAGGCUGUAUAUGCUUGUACAAACAUGUGUAGUGUGACCUAAGUGUAAGCAGAAGUAGCAAGACGUACCUGAAAUCUUGCAUGUUUAUGGGACGGAAAAAAGAAACCAGCAAUCCUGCCAUCGUGUAAAACAAUUACAGCCUCUCCUCACUUAACAACAGAGUUCUGUUCGUAAGACCACGUUUGUAAACGAAUUUGUUGCUAACUGAGAAGCAUACUAUAAGGUAGUGGGUUUGUGUCAGCCAUCUUUGAUAUUGUUUUAACCCUUAAACGGUCCAAAUGUAUAUAUACGUUCAUGCGCGUAGCGCCCCAAACGUAUAUAUACGUUUUCUUUGUCAUUCAUUCAACAUUGCCACAAUAAGCCUGAGUCACCUAGACAUGAGAGAAUGGGUGUGCGCACUCACUGUGUGCCAUAUUAAAAUAAUUUGGGAUGCCUGGGUACCAUAUGCUCUUUUUUCCUUUUAAAAAAAAAAAGUUUUUUUUUCUCUCAAAAAAUUUGGGGCGCUAUGCGAGUGAACGUAUAUAUACGUUUGGACCGUUUAAGGGUUAAUGUUACCUUUGCACCAUUUUUAACAUUUUUAGUAUAUUUUUAAAUGUUUAUACAGUAGUGUACUGUUUGUUGAAAUAAACAAAAUAGAGGAAAUCAGCACAAAUAUACAUAAUUUAGGUAUGCAUACUGGUCAGAGAGCCCGUCGUAAGUCUGAUUUGUUGGUAAAUGAAUACAUCGCUAAGUGAGGAGAGACUGUAUAGGUUUCCGUUUUACACUCAUUUGGCUGGACGGCAGUGCUUUCCUGGGUGGUUGUUGUCUACCAACCUACUACCUACAUAUUACAUUAUUAUUAUUAUUAUUAAGUGGACCCCCGCAUAACGAUAUUAAUCCGUUCCUGAGAGCUCAUUGUUAUGCGAAAUUAUCGUUAUGCGAAUGAAUUUUCCCCAUAAGAAAUAAUGGAAAUCAAAUUAAUCCGUGCAAGACACCCCAAAGUGUGAAAAAAAAAAAUUUACCACAUGAAAUAUUAAUUUUAAUACACACAAACUGAAAAAGGCAUGCACAGUUACAUGACACUUACCUUUAUUGAAGAUCUGGUGAUGAUUGAUGGGAUGGGAGGAGGAGAGAGUCUUGGUGUUUAGAAGGGGAAUCCCCUUCCAUUAAGACUUGAGGUGUCAAGUAUUUUUCUGGGGUUACUUCCCUUCUUCUUUUAAUGCCACUAGGACCAGCUUCAGAGUCACUGGACUUCUGUCGCACAACAUAUCUGUCCAUAGUGGCCUGUACCUCUCGUUCCUUUAUGACUUCCCUAAAGUGUUUCACAACAGUGUCAGUGUAAUAGUCACCAGCACGGCUUGCAAUAGCUGUGUUAGGGUGAUUGUCAUCAAAAAAGGUUUGCACUUUAAGCCACAUUCCACACAUUUCCUUAAUCUUUGAAGUAGGCAACUUCUUCAAUUUCUCUCUCCCCUCCUCCAAACCAGUUUCCUCAGGUCUGGCCUCUUGCUGUUGAAGUUGAUCUAGCAGCUCAUCAGUGGUUAGUUCUUCAUUGUCCUCCUCCACCAACUCUUCCACAUCCUCCCCACUAACCUCCAACCCCAGGGACUUUCCCAAUGCCACAAUGGAUUCCUCAACUGGCAUACUCCUCUCAGGGUUAGCCUGAAACCCUUCAAAAUCCCUUUGGUCUACACAUUCUGGCCACAGUUUCUUCCAAGCAGAGUUCAAGGUCCUCUGAGUCACUCCCUUCCAAGCCUUACCUAUAAGGUUUACACAAUUGAGGAUAUUAAAGUGCUCUCUCCAAAACUCUCUUAGAGUCAAUUGAGUUUCUGAGGUCACUACAAAGCACCUUUCAAACAGAGCUUUUGUGUACAGUUUUUUGAAGUUUGCAAUAACUUGCUGGUCCAUGGGCUGCAGGAGAGGAGUGGUAUUAGGAGGCAAAAACUUCACCUUAAUGAAGCUCAUGUUCCCAUAAAGUCGCUCUGCCACGUCUGUAGGAUGACCAGGGGCAUUGUCUAACACCAGGAGGCACUUAAGGUCUAAUUUCUUUUCAGUUAGGUAAUCUUUCACAUUGGGGGCAAAUGCAUGGUGUAACCAGUCAUAGAAAAAGUCCCUAGUGACCCAUGCCUUACUGUUUGCCCUCCACAGCACACACAAAUUAGCCUUGAGGAUAUUCUUUUGCCUGAACGCUCUGGGAGUUUCUGAGUGAUACACUAAUAAAGGCUUCACUUUGCAAUCACCACUAGCAUUGGAACACAUCAACAGAGUAAACCUGUCUUUCAUAGGCUUUUGUCCUGGGAGUGCCUUUUCCUCCUGAGUAAUGUAGGUCCUGCUUGGCAUUUUCUUCCAAAACAGGCCUGUUUCAUCACAAUUAAACACUUGUUCAGGUUUCAGUCCUUCACUGUCUAUGUACUGCUUGAAUUCCUGCACAUAUUUUUCAGCUGCUUUGUGGUCCGAACUGGCAGCCUCACCAUGCCUUAUCACACUAUGUAUGCCACUACGCUUCUUAAAUCUCUCAAACCAACCUUUGCUGGCCUUAAAUUCACUCACAUCAUCACUAGUUGCAGGCAUUUUUUUAAUUAAAUCCUCAUGCAACUUCCUAGCCUUUUCACUUAUGAUCACUUGAGAGAUGCUAUCUCCUGCUAUCUGUUUUUCAUUUAUCCAUACCAAUAAGAGUCUCUCAACAUCUUCCAUCACUUGCAAUCUCUGUUUCGAAAACACAGUUGAACCUUUGGCAAGAACAGCUUCCUUGGUUGCCAUUUUGUUGCCCACAAUAGUAGCGAUGGUUGAUUGGGGUUCAUUAUACAACCUGGCCAGCUCGGAGACACACACUCCACUUUCAUACUUAGCAAUGAUCUCUUUCUUCAUCUCUAUAGUAAUUCUCACCCUUAUUGCUGUAGGGUUGGCACUAGAAGCUUUCUUGGGGCCCAUGGUCACUUAUUUUGCAGAUAAAAUCACCAAAAGCACUGUAAUAAUACGAAAUGUUCCGAUUGUAUGCUUGGAUGUUACCGUGGAGGCUGGCUGGUAAACAAUGCCACCGGCGGAACAUGUGAGGCUGGCUCAGGCCGCACAUUAGACGCGUCUCGGACGAACAGCGUUGAGUGGGUUUUUUUAGCGGUAUGCGAGGCAAAAUCUUAGCGAUAAAAUGUAUCGGUAUGCGGAUUUAACGUUAUGUAAUGCCAACGGUAUGCGGUGGUCCACUGUAUUAUUAUUAUUAUUAUUAUUAUAUUCAUAUGGGGAGCAUUAAUCCUUUAGGGGCUAUAUAGUGCCUGGAGAAAUGGGAAGCAAUUAUUUCAGUUUAAUGAAAGGAAGAUCAGUCCAAUUCUUUAGAUCAGUUGCCCCUCACUGGUAUAAAAGAGUUUCCCUGGAGGAGAUACUAGGGUACAGUUCUUGUGAAUUUGCUGCAUAAAGAGAGUCACCUUUGUGUAUCAUUGGAAGGUUUGGGUAACAUCUGAUGAGUGGGGUGGUAGGUAGGUAAUUCUAAAAUUUGAAAAAUACUUUCAUCAUUUAGACCCUCAUUAUUCUUGGCAGUUAAAAAAAAAAAUACUGUAAAACCCCAAAAAUAUAAAGUUAAACAUUUAAAGAAUACUAGCAUGUAGGAAUUCACAGUACAAGUAAAUAGUAGCACAAAUUUUAAUAACUAACAUCAUGUAAAAAUCCUAUUAAGUUGUUCAUGUCAAAAGACUUGGUAGAGCUUCUCGAGUUCCCUACAAACACCGUGGCAUACCUGGAGGGUGUUCCAGGGGUCAGCCCCCCAUGGCCCAGUUCAUAACCAGGCCUUGUGGUGGAUCAGGGACUGAUCAGUCAGGCUGUUACUGUUGGUUGCACACAAACCGACGUAUGAACCACAGCCUGGCUGGUCAGGUACUGACUUUAUGUACCUGUCCAGCUCCUCCUUGAAGACAGCCAAAGGUCUGUUGGUAAUCCCCCUUAUAUAUGCUGGGAAGCAGCUGAACAGUCUUGAACCCGAUGCUUAUUUGUGUUGUCUCAGCAUACUCAUGGUGCCCCUGCUUUUCAUUAGGGGAAAUGUUGCACCGCCUGCCAAGUCUUUUGCCUUCAUAGGGAGUGAUUUCCAUGUUCAGAUUUGGGACUAGUUCCUCUAAGAUUUUCCAAGUGUAUAUUAUCAUGUAUCUUGUCUGUAUUCUAAGGAGUACAGGCCAAAGAACUUCAGCUGAUCCCAGUAAUUUAAGUGCUUUAUAUUGUACUUAUACAUGUAGUGAAAGCUCUCUGUAUAUUCUCCAGGUCUGCAAUUUUGCCUGCUUUGAAAGGGGCCGUUAGUGUACACCAAUAUUCCAACCUAUAGAGAACAAGUGAUUUGAAGAGAAUCAUCAUUGGCUUGGCAUCCAUAGUUCUGAAGGUUCUCAUUAUUCAUUCUAUCAUUUUCCUAGCAGAUGCGAUAGAAACAUUGUUGUGGUCUUUGAAAUUGAGAUUCUCUGUCAUUAUCACUCCCAGGUCUUUCACAUUAGUUUUUUGCUCUAUUGUGUGACUGGAAUUUGUUUUAUACUCUGAUCCAGUUUUUAUUUCCUUGAGUUUUCCAUAACAGAGUAAUUGAAAUUUGUCUUCAAUGAACUUCAUAUUGUUUUCUGAAGCCCAUUUAAAGACUUGCAGUGUCCUCGGUGGAUGACAUUGUCAUGCAAAUUCUCGUAUCAUCAGCAAAGGAGGACAUGGUUUUGUGAUCUAUAUCACUGUACUUUGUGGAACAGCUUUUCACUGUAGCUGCCAGUGACUUUACUGUUCACUAUUACUCUGUGUUCUAUUUGUUAGGAAGUUAUAACUCCAUUUUCCCACUUUUCCUGUUAUUCCUUUAUCACACAUUUUGUGUGAUAUUAUGCCGAUCACACUUGUCAAAGGUCUACUUUUACUAGAAAAUAAUCUCUCCUACAUACCUUAACCUGACCCUUGUUAUCCACAUAAAAGCUCUUUACUACUUUUAGUAACCUACCACCGAUUCUGUACAUUUCCAACAUCUGUCUUAUUGCUUCCCUAUCCAUCCUACCAUAUGCCUUUUCUAAAUCCAUAAAUGCAAUGAAAAGUUCCUACCUUUAUCCAAGUAUUGUUUACUUAUGUAUUUCAUUGUAAACACCUGGUCUAUACAUCCCCUACCCAUCCUAACACCUUGUUCUUUUGCAGUCCUACUCUGUCUUACCCAUAAUUCUUUCAAUAAUAACUCUACUGUACACUUUACUUGGUAUACUCAACAGGCUUUAUUUUGUGUCUGACAUGUCAGCUGUCUCCCACCGAGGCAGGGCGACCCAAAAAAGAAACACUUUCACCAUCAUUCACACAGUAUCACUCACUUAUAUCUCCUUUUUUCUUGUAUAAAGGAAUGAUGCAUGCUCUGUGCAAAUGUCUUAGGUACUGAACAAAUGCACCAACCACUAUAAAACUGUCUCUGCUGCUUUACUCCAUUAUAUUCUACCUACUGCCUCGUGCACCUUCCCCGUACUCACAUUUGACUUUCUUACUACUAUUUCUUUGCAAUAAAAUAAAACCAAGACUGCUUGGUCAAGAUUUGGGUUGUCCCAGGAACUGAAGCAGAUCUAGUAAAAAACCAUAAAACAAACCCUUCCUCAGGAAAACCACAAAAAAAAAAAAUGUUUCUGCCACUUUGAGGCAUAUCUCAAGUUACUUACAAUUUUAAACCAACCAAAAUCAUCUUUAUUUCAAUAGUAUGUCUUUCAUUCUAUCAGUUGAUACCAAGAAACAGCCAAUAAAAUAAUAAAAACUACCCCAGAAAAUGACUUGGUCACUAUUUUAAAUCAAAUACACUAUCAGAGAUCAGCUGUUCCUGUCAUGUGUUGUAUGGUGUAGAAUUUUUUGUUAUACUGCACAUCCAUUGCACAGACCCAUUCUCUCACGUCUAGGCCAAAAUUUGCCAUUCACAGCAUAUUUCAGGGUGCUGUGAUUAAGAUGUAGAUCUACACGAGCAACACUGGGAUCAGUAAUGUAGAUCUACAUAGGAGACACUAAAAGGAUUAUCUCUAUUUAACCAGAUUAGUAUUUUUAAUGUCAUGAGCAUUGUUGUUAUGUUCCAGACAGCAGUGAGUGAUCAAAUAACACUGGGUAUAUUUACAACUUAAUGUUUUUAUGAAGGCAGUGAAUAUAAUGUGUCAGCAAGCAGAAGCAUGUCUGCCUGGAUCUUCCUGCACCCUAGAAAGAUUCAAUAUUACGUAUUUGCAUGUUACAGUGGUACCUCGAGUUAAGAACUUAAUUCAUUCCAGAAGGCUGUUCAAGUGCCGAUACCAAACAAAUUUGUUCCCAUAAGGAAUAAUGUAACUUAGAUUAGUCCAUUUCAGACCCCCAGAAAUACUCUUACAAAAGCACUUACAAAAAUACACUUACAUAAUUGUUCGAGUUGGGAGCUGUUCGAAACUCGAGGUACCACCGUACUUUCCUUCGUGUAAUACCACUCUGAAACAUACACAAUGGUAAAGAACCUGUGUACAUAUAGUGCAAAUGGUUCAGUACUAUACCUUUGAAAAACUCCAAGUAAAACUGCAGUUGAAUGGAUCUCCAUUAAACAGAUUUUGUGAAUAACAUGCAAAAUCUAAUAGACAAAUUGAUUUAGGUAAUGAGAGAGAUGGAUUACAAAAGUGUCCCUUACUAUUACAAUCAGCUGGUAAAUAUAUUUUAAAAACAAAGUCUGUUGGUUAGAGAUAUAUCUAUUGUUUCAGAUCACAGCAAAAUUAUCUCAUUUUUUGGAUUUCUCAAACAUUGGGCAUUAGUGGACACCCUCUUCUUACCGAUUGGCUAAUUAAAUCAGUGUUCCACUUUAUUACAAAAAACACCAAUUGGGUUUUCCAUUAGUGUCAGUAAUAUAAAAGUUCGGGAUACAUAUAUACACAUUAAAAUAAAUUAAUUUUUAAUAUAAUAUAAAAACAACACAAUCUUUGGUCUAGAGGUAUUUGAACUAAUAAACAUCUGAUAAUAUAUACAUGUUACAAUAAUAAAUUAUUAGCAUUUUAAAAUAAAUAAUAAAUCGUAACCCUACAUACAGGGUACCACUUUUCAGAUACUACUGUGUCAUAUAUAUGCAUAUGCUAAAAUAAUGAAUUAUAAGUAACAUUUACACAAUAACAAAUAAUAAUCAACUCCGUGUCUCACGACACCCUAAUGACGCUCUGUGUCUCACACAACACUUAUAUCCGAGUUGUGACGCUCCCUGUGUCACACGACACUUAUCCGUGUAAUGACGCUCCAUCUCAACUGUGUCCCUUGACACCCUUUUCUCUCCGUCACACGACACUCCAGCUCUCCGUGUCACACGACACCCUUUUCUCUGUGUAAUGACGCUCCUACUCAACCGUGUCCCUUGACACCCUUUUCUCUGCGUAAUGACGCUCCUACUCCGUGUCACACGACACCCUUUUCUCUGCGUCAUACACUUUCUCAACUGUGUCCCCCUUGACACCCUGUGACACACACAGCGUCUUUCUCGAGGCCAGUCACAUGACACUAUUCAAUGUACACUACAACCGUAACUUCUUUAGUGUCACAAAACACCCUUUUCUUCUCGGUGUUCCACUACGGUCCUUUAGCAUAUCUCAGUGUUACACUCCAUUAUACUUCCUUCAGUGUCACACUACGGUCCUAGCCCAGUUCAGUGUCACACUCCAAACUUUUCUUCACGUAGUGUCCCACUAAAACAGCAUCCGAUGACUCCGGCCCACAGUUGACCAACGUAGGCGGUGAGUCCGCAGACAUCACCUGGUAAUCCUAUAAAUACUCUCUAAGGCCGGCAGAAGCACACCGUAAGAUGGUCUGGUGGGUACUAUCUACCGCCUUCAAGACCAGUUGACACAUACUGUUUGCAGAACACCAUGCUGCGAGCUCACUGAAUGCGGCCGUCAAGUAGCUGAGGCCAUCAGACUCGGUGAGCUGUGGUGAGCGGUUCUUCUAAAAUCAGUAGAAGCCAGUAGAAUACUGUACUCUCUACUGCCAGUAGAUGUGUACCAUUAGGUGUUCUGGUAACUACUGCUUAGAUGCGUACCGUGAGGUGUUCAGGUACUUACUGCCUCUAAGGCCAGCUCAGCAGUCCCCACAUUGGGUUUGAUGACGUACCCAUGGUACUGCCGGCCGGCAGGUUAACAAUUUAACCGCUAGUUUGGUAGGGGGCCCGCAACACCCCCACUACAAAAGGACCGACACACAAAGAUCAAUGUAAUAUGCAUCCCGAACUGUCAUCCUGGAUAAGAUCAUCCCAGAAAUCAUUCUUGAUAAUCAUUAUCCUCCCGGACAGGCCACUCAUAUAUUACAAAAACACCAAUUGGUCUUUUACAUUAGGUGUUAGUAAUAUAAAAGUUCGGGAUACAUAUAUACACAUUAAAUAAAUUAUAAUAAAUAUUUGGGUCCUAUGUAUGAUUGUGUUAACUUAUGUCACUAACACAAGAAAAGUUUCCAUCACAGGAGUGGCAAUGUUUUCCACUAUAGAGUUUAAGACUUAAAACCGGUUGGUUGUUUUUGUAGAGAUUAUCACCAAGAAGGGGAAGAUACAUGUAUUAAUAUUCUGUAUGUGCUAAUGUGACUGUUCACUCAUGUUUACUCAUACAUAUCUUGCUUCAUACUUACAUCUUACUGUAUUGAUAGUUUAUCUGAAGCCUCUCUUAUGAUGGCAUGUUUAAUAAAAUAAAAAAAGUGUUUAUUUUUGUCCAAGUUAAUUAAGCACCACACUAGUACUAACUGAAUGCUUUCUUUACUUCUUGCUAUUUAUUAUUAUAUUAACAAAAUGCACUCAAUCCGUAUGGGUCAUAAAACUUUUUUUUUUAUAACAUAUCCCUAAUCCAUUUAUUCAGCCUUUUGUUGCCAAUUGAAAAUUAUGUAUCAAGGAAGCCAUAGUCUCUCUAGUGAUAACUUGUACUCUGAUUUUUCUUUGUAAUGCAGUAUAUACUUAUCCUAUGCAAGUAUACUGUUCUGUACUAUAAUUCAGUCAGUUUUUCACAAGAAUGUUGAGCACAAGACUUACAAAUUAUAUUUUUACUCAUAUUCAAAUUUUAAAUGACAACUAGACACUGAAUUUUAUUAUGUAGCAGAGAUCAUAAUAUUAUAACGGGAUAUAAAAUAAUGUGUAGCCUCAUUACUUUAUCUUACAGAAACAGAUUUAUUUAGUAGUAAUGUUGUUACUUAAUACAGUGGACCCCCGGUUAACGAUAUUUUUUCACUCCAUAAGUAUGUUCAUGUGCCAGUACUGACCGAAUUUGUUCCCAUAAGAAAUAUUGUGAAGUAGAUUAGUCCAUUUCAAACCCCCAAACAUACACGUACAAACGCACUUACAUAAAUACACUUACAUAAUUGGUCGCAUUCGGAGGUAAUCGUUAUGCGGGGGUCCACUGUACUGUAAAAUAUUUUUUAACUAGCUAUAUGCACAGUUAAAGAAUUUUAAUGCAUUUCCUAAUGUCUGUAGUGUUGUAUAGAGUUUUCAAAGAGGCAUCUGCAUCCUAUAAUUAUUAUCUAUAAAUUCACUAUUUUCUGGCUGCUUUCCCAUAAGUUGGGCAGAUCAGGCGCAAUAAAGUUUCUUAUUCCAUUCAUAAUUAUCAAUGACUUGAAUAGAAUGAGUCAAAGUGAACAGAUUCUUAUACAUUGAGUCCUUAAUCAUCGUUACCUCACCAGGUAAAUCCUUCGCUUCUAUUAAGUCUUAUAUUGAUGCUGGUACAUUACACACAUCAAUAGUGGUGAGUUUCUAUAUACCUAACUUACCUGUGGUUUAUCUGUGAAUGGUUCUAGGAAUCAUCUCCACCAAGCCUUGAUUCCAGGCCAGAUCUCCCUGUUGAUGACUUGAUUAGUCAGGCUAUUGGUUCCUAUUGAACCCAGUUUUACAUAAACACUACAGCCUGGCUGAGAAGAAACUUUCCUCAGGAACUUGUCAAUUUCCCCCCAUGACAUAAAGUGAUAUUGUAUAUAUACUAUUAACAAACCCUUUAUUUUGCAGUACUGCAUUGCAUUCCUGAACAUUUUCACUGCCAUGGGAUGUUUGUUUUUAUCCCAAUCAUUUUGCCAGAUGAGAGUAGCUGUUCUGGUCUUGAAGGGUUAGAUAAUUUUUUUUUGGUGCUACUCUCUAAGUACAGUAAAUCCUCGAUUUAGCGAACUUCAGAAAUACAGCACAAAUUCUGCUGGGUCAGUUGAUUUAGAAAUGAUGGACAAAGUUCAGGGGUUACAGAAUUGUCCAUUAUUAUGAUCAUAGCUAAAACAAUCUCAUUUCCAUCCAUCACCAUUACCAUUACCAACCACCUGCUCCCAUUAUGUCUUUUAAUAGAGGAUUUACUGUAUUUUUUGUGAAAAUCGGUUUUCCUAAUCCCUCUCUCUCUCAAUAUGUUGUGUUUGAAGAUUGUGAAGUACUAAAUAUAUUUAAAUACAGUACAUAAAUUAUAAAUUGUAUUGGUAAAUUACUUACCAAUAACUCUGAUGAAAUAAUAGGCUUUCUAUGGCACAUUGGGUUCAAUGCCCCAUUACAAAAAAUACAAGGUUAAAACUCCCACUUUUUCACUCAGUAAAUAGUGCUAGCUUUGUCCACCUAGCUCAUUAUUGGUGACCAACAAACAACAACAAUUCCUACAAGGCAAUCCCAGAAUGUUUUACAUGAGGAAAACUUGAAUGUAAGGGUUGGGGUGGAAUUAUCGGAGCCACCACAACACAGGAAACCAUUAUUCUGCAUCAGUGUUGCGUAUUCAGUUUCAUGGUCUCAUGAGCCUCCUUUUCCCAAAUCAUUCCAGUGAGACCCAUAAUUCCAUAGGGUGUUAAGGCACAACUCGGAUUAAAUUAUUCAAUAAUGAAGCGCACAAAAUGAACUGUGCUAUAAAGAUUUUGAGUGCUCUACUGAAUCCACAUUCCAACUUUCGUAUGACUAUUAAAUUACAAUUUGUGACAUUGGUCAAGACCUAUUUGAUGGAACUGAAGAUCCAACAACACUCAGGAGUCAAAUACUGUAUUAGGCCUGAGAUUCCGAGUUAUGUAGGUUGACUUAGUACCAAAAAAAAAAAAAAAAAAAAUCACCACUAAAAUUUAUCACCAGCAGGCAUCCCACAUGUACAAUAACUGAAAAUACUCAUUCAAACCAUUAACUCAGUAUAGUGAAUUAUUGUUGUGCAGGCCAUCAAUUUUAAAUUGCUUCUUCAAGCUUUUAUCAUUAUACAUUAAUCCUUAACCCUUUCAGUGUUGGUCCCGUUGUACUACAGUUUUGAAGCCAGUGUCAGUCCCGUAGUACAACGCCGUGAGCUCAGCUCACUCAUAUAAGCUGUGAGCAGUAAAUUUGGGUGUAGAUAUGAAAGAAUGGAUCUGUGCAGUAAGUGUGCACCAAUUAAAAAAAUUCUGCGACACAGUGCAUAACAAAAAAGUUUUUGGUUUAAAACAGCAACUUUGAGGUAUAUUUUUGUAUGGUCUUUAUGGUUGUAUUCUCGGUUUCUUGGUCUCAUUUGAUAGAAUGGAAGAUAUAUUACAGAAAUUGAGGUGAUUUUGAUUAGUUUCAGGACUGAAAGUAGGUUGAAAUUGAGCUCAAAGUAACAGAAAUGCUCAAUUUUUGCCGAUAUUCCAGAGUAUACAGAAUACGCAUUCAACUGGCCAGGCUGAUGUGCAUUUAGGAAUGCAAUGACAUUAUUUAUACAAUUAUUACAAUAAUGCAGUAGUCUGCAUAAUGGUAAAAAUUCUAUUUUUUGUGUGAAUAAAUAUUCAAGAGUAUAUGGAGAAAAAGAGAGAGGUUAAGAGAGUGGUGAAGCAAUGUAAAAAGAGAGCAAAUGAGAGAGUGGGUGAGAUGUUAUCAACAAAUUUUGUUGAAAAUAAGAAAAAGUAUUGGAGUGAGAUUAACAAUUUAAGGAAGCCUAGAGAACAAAUGGAUUUGUCAGUUAAAAAUAGGAGAGGAGAGUUAUUAAAUGGAGAGUUAGAGGUAUUGGGAAGAUGGAGGGAAUAUUUUGAGGAAUUGUUAAAUGUUGAUGAAGAUAGGGAAGCUGUGAUUUCGUGUAUAGGACAAGGAGGAAUAACAUCUUGCAGGAGUGAGGAAGAGCCAGUUGUGAGUGUGGAGGAAGUUCGUGAGGCAGUAGGUAAAAUGAAAGGGGGUAAGGCAGCCGGGAUUGAUGGGAUAAAGAUAGAAAUGUUAAAAGCAGGUGGGGAUAUAGUUUUGGAGUGGUUGGUGCAAUUAUUUAAUAAAUGUAUGGAAGAGGGUAAGGUACCUAUGGAUUGGCAGAGAGCAUGCAUAGUUCCUUUGUAUAAAGGCAAAGGGGAUAAAAGAGAGUGCAAAAAUAUAGGGGGAUAAGUCUGUUGAGUAUACCUGGUAAAGUGUAUGGUAGAGUUAUUAUUGAAAGAAUUAAGAGUAAGACGGAGAAUAGGAUAGCAGAUGAACAAGGAGGCUUUAGGAAAGGUAGGGGGUGUGUGGACCAGGUGUUUACAGUGAAACAUGUAAGUGAACAGUAUUUAGAUAAGGCUAAAGAGGUCUUUGUGGCAUUUAUGGAUUUGGAAAAGGCAUAUGACAGGGUGGAUAGGGGGGCAAUGUGGCAGAUGUUGCAGGUGUAUGGUGUAGGAGGUAGGUUACUGAAAGCAGUGAAGAGUUUUUACGAGGAUAGUGAGGCUCAAGUUAGAGUAUGAAGGAAAGAGGGAAAUUAUUUCCCAGUAAAAGUAGGCCUUAGACAAGGAUGUGUGAUGUCACCGUGGUUGUUUAAUAUAUUUAUAGAUGGGGUUGUAAGAGAAGUGAAUGCAAGGGUCUUGGCAAGAGGCGUGGAGUUAAAAGAUAAAGAAUCACACACAAAGUGGGAGUUGUCACAGUUGCUCUUUGCUGAUGACACUGUGCUCUUGGGAGAUUCUGAAGAGAAGUUGCAGAGAUUGGUGGAUGAAUUUGGCAGGGUGUGCAAAAGAAGAAAAUUAAAGGUGAAUACAGGAAAGAGUAAGGUUAUGAGGAUAACAAAAAGAUUAGGUGAUGAAAGAUUGGAUAUCAGAUUGGA